AUGUGGCCUGCCGAAGCCGUGAUAGGGGCUAUCAGCACCCUGCUCUAUUUACAAGCCGACCAUGUCGCCCCUGGUUUUAUUUCAAGUAACAGUACACCAUCAUGGCACACCUCUCUAGCCAAAAGAGCAGCACAGGACUUUUUCCUACGAGUGAUGCCCCUUGGAGCAUCCAUAACGGAAGGAAUUGGUUCGAGAAAAGGGACAGGGUAUCGCGAUCUACUUCGUGCGCAGUUGCGUACACGGGGAUGGAACGUUAACAUGGUGGGAUCAAAACAAAACGGACGUUUUGAAGACAAUGACAAUGAAGGGCACCCAGGCCUGACCAUCAACCAAGUCCACGGGGAGUUCAAUAAGACUGGCAAGGCGCUGAUGCCAAAUCUGGUGCUUCUCAACGCUGGGACGAACGACUGCAUCCGCCAAAUCGACACCAACAACGCGGGAGCCCGCCUCAAAGCUCUCAUCGAUGAUGUUUUCACAACCGUUCCAGGGGUAACAGUGGUCGUUUCGACCCUGGCACCAUCACGCAAAAACGACAGUUGUUCCGCAGAUCUCAGUCAACAAUAUCGCGACUUGGUGACCAAUACCUACAGAGGCAACCUACGUAUUGGCAUGGCCGACUUGCAUGCGGCCAUCAACAUAAACGACCACCUCCAUCCCGACGGGGUACAUCCCAACGAUGCAGGCUACGCCAUCUUUGCUUCCCUCUGGAUGGAAGCAAUCCGAAAACUCGAAGACCAGAUCCAGCCUCCCGCAGCAGUGAUCGACGAUGGGCCCGCCGAUGUCCAGCGGCCAUCUCCGCCAAACGAUAAGGAAUGCAUCCGAACCCCAGGGACAGUGGUAGAUGGCACGUAUCUGCACGAGCAAGUGGAAAGGGGCGUCUUGAGCUCGGCGAAAAUCCCAAAGCGUGUGGAUGGAAGAGAGGCAACUCCCUCACAGAUCUUCUUUGCCAAUGUUGUCAUCAUGAACAACCUCUUCAAGAGGGGCGAGGAGUUGGAUGAUCGAAUUGCGGUCUAUCGUGGCGGCGAUGGUGGCAACAGAUAUGUGUUAUCUCAAAACAGGGCUGGUGGGAAUUUCGAGACAAACGCGAUGGAGUUCAGUGUGGGAAUCGACUGCGAUGUAUCAAAGGGGGCAAGGGUCAUUUUUGCUGAUUUUAACAAUGAUGGUUUGGAUGACUUCUUCUGUGUCAAUGCCCAGGCGGGCGUUUCGGUCUCCUUGAACCGCGGGGGGAGGCCUCCCAGAUUCGAGAGCAUCGGGCAGGUGGUGCCGGACCGGGAGGGUUUCACAGCUGAUGAUGUUCGAGUUGCCCAGAUCGAUGGUGACGGAAGAGCCGAUUACUGCCUCAUCAAAGCUGACAGCAGCAUUGACUGCAUCCGCCAAAAUGGACAAGGAGAAUUCAACGGAGCCCUGCAGUUGACCUUUGAUAAACUGUCCGGCAUUGACAAGGGGCGUGUUGUGCUGGGAGACAUCAAUGGAGAUUUCCGCAGUGAUUAUCUGAGAAUUGGAGAAAACGGCAACAUCCUAGCAUUCAUCAACUCCGGCAUGGGCAGCAACAAUGCCCCAGAAUGGCGAGACGCUGGUAUCAUAACCCAGGGUGGACUUGGCAUCAUGCCACCAGAGCUUAUCAAAUUUGGACGGGUCUUCGGUUCAUCAAAACUGGAUUACAUUUACCUGGACGAGAAUGGCGGCAACUUUGAGGUCCAUGCCUGGCAAAACACUGGGAAAGGAGGUAAAGUGCGUGUCACAGAGGACUGUCCUCCAUGACAUGGGGAAAGGGUGGCUGUGGGCGAGGCUUGAAGCUUGUAAAUUACUUGUAACAUGUUGUGUCUUUCUGAAUAGCGCCUUUGAUAGGGUCCAAGAGCAGAGAAACUGUUGGCUCGGGGAAGAAAUUCUGCUUCAUUCUCCAAUACUGAAAACUUGCUACUUGUGGCAAAAGAAAAAAAAAAAAA